AGAAAAGUGAAAGAAAACAAGCUACAAAAAGUGGUUGGAUUUUCGCUACAAAUUAAAGAAAAAAAAAAGUGUUUUGUUUUCAUGUUUAUUAAAUAAAAUCCUAUUAAAUUGUAUCACUUUACAAUUUUCUUAUUGUAAAUUAUACUUAUUUUGCAAAAACACUAUUCCAUUUGAUGUGAUUAUGUAGAUAAAUUAUAAUAAUAAAUAAUGACAUCACCAUAUUCUCAAGUACCAUUGUUUUCGUCAUAAUGUAAAGACAAAAUAAGCCAACAAACCCAAAAACAAGACCAUUUCGAAUUCUAUAACAAAUUUGAAGCAUAUUAAAAAUGCUUCUGAUAAGAAAAAUUGUAUAAAAAAACAAAGAACAAAAAAAAAUAUUCCAAAUAAUGAUAGAAAAUAACAAUGAACAACCAACAAAUGCAAUUAAUACAAAUGCAAAAAAUGAUAUUAGGGCGGAGCGCCCGAAUUCGAGGCGCGAAUCAGUCUCAUCACAAAUAUCCUCAAGUACAACAUCCCCUCACUACGAUUCAGGCAAUAUUAGUGACUUGAAUUUGAAUUUUCAUCCAGCUUCGUUAAGUUCAGCUGAUGACGAUUCAAUUUCAAGCGAUAGUUUGCAACAAAAUAAUAAAUAUCAAUUUUUGUUGCGUGAAAAGGAUCAAUCACUUUUCUUAGCGUUGCAAGAUGUUCGCAAACUUAAAAGCGAAUUAGAACGUUUGAGUAAAUCAGAAAAAUGGUAUAAAAGUGAGCUUAAACUUCAGAGAAAUUCGAAGUUGGAAGUUCUUGAGAAAUUAUACACAAAUGAAAGAAAAUUCACUCAAGAUAAUCAAAAUCUUCAAAAUGAAAGAAUUGCUUUAUUCGCUCGUUGUAGCGAAUUGGAAAAUCAAUUGCAAAUUGAAAAAGAUUCAGCAAUGAGAUUGUUAAAAACCAAUCACUCUCGGCAAAUGAUUCAAUCAGAUGAAAUUGAUUCGAAAGUUGAUUUCGAAUUGGAACAACAUCGUCAAAGAUUGGCUGAUCAAAAUCAAUUGAUUGAUAUACUUCGAAAUCAGAAACGAAGUUUAUUGAAUGAUUUGCAAAAGCUUGGGUGUGAAAGAGAUGAGAUUGUUUUGCAAUUGCAAAAAAGCAUUGCACAAUUGGAAGAUGAGAAUCGAACAAUUACGAAAAGAUGUUUGCAAUUGGUUGAGUCGAAAAUUGCGCUGACGGAUGAGAUUGCUGGGAAAGAAGCUGAUUGGAAGAGUACGAGCAAUGAGGUGUUGGAUUUGCAGAUUGUUGUAAGGAAAUUACAAGAGAAACUCCAUACACAUAUCGCUGAAAUAAAUCACAAAGACAAAGAACUCACCUCUCUGAAAAAUGAGCUUUCUCAAAAACAAGAUACAGACUCUGAUCUCUUAAUAAAACAUCAAAAAGAAUUAUUCGAAAAAGAACAAUCGAUUUCAAAUCUUACCGAAACCAUUAAUUCUUUGAAAACUGAAAUCAGUGACUUACAAGAUCUUCACAAACGUUACAAUGACCAACAAUUGGAAAUUGAGCAUCUUCGAUCACAAUUACAAGAACAAACGUCUCAAAUUGAAAUAUUCCAAAAGUUAGAAGAGGAACAAGAUUCAAAUCCAAUUGAAACUUUGGAGAAUCCAAAACAAAACAAUUUAGUCACAAAUGCUCCUCCUCCAACCAUUUCUAACGACGAACAAAUUGAACAAAUUUUAAAACAAAACAAACAACUACAAACCCAAUUGGAUUCUAUCAAAUCUAGUCAAAGCUUUGAGCACAAUAAUUUAAAAAAAAUCCAAACAGAAAUGCAACAAAUUUCUGAAAAAUAUCAAAAUGUAUGUAAAUUAUAUGAAACAUCCAAAUUUGAUUUGGACAUGAGAGACAUAACAAUUGAAAAAUUACGUUUUGAAAAAGAAAAAGACACUCGUGAAAUAAAAUCCUUACGAGAGAAAUUAAUUCAAGUCACAAAUCAACUCGAUUGUCAAAGAACUUUAGGUACAGAAUUUGAAUUUUUACUUUCAAAAACUCAACAAGAAAUGAAUCGACUGAAAUCAGAAAACCAGUGCAAUAUUGAUAAAAUCAUUAAACUUAAAGUUGAAACAAACCAAAGUGCAGAGAGACUUAAUGAGAAAGAUUUACAAAUUGAUGAUUUGAAAGCAGAACUUUUGGUUGUUAAGGAACAAAAUGCUAAGCUUAUUUCAAAUAAUACAUUAAAGGUUUUGCAGGAUAGACAAAAUAGUCAAAAUAGAGUUGAAUUAAUGCAACAAUUAAUGUCACUUCAAGUUGGCAGGGUUGAGCAAUUAAACGCUGAACAACAAGAAUGGGAGAACUUGCUAACGGCUCUAGAUAACCCCAAGAAUGAUGAUCACCAAGUUCAAUCCAGUGAAUUUGAUGAUCUAAAUCAACUGUUUGACGAGCAAAAUAUUGAACUUGACGAGUUGAAUGAAAACUAUCAUAAACAAAGUGAAAGUUUCAGAAAAGCUCUUGACUUGUCACAAAAAGAAAAUCAAAUUUUUAAAAACAAAUUGAAUAGUGCCAGUUUGAAAAUAAAUGAAUUGGAAAGUCGAAUUCAAGCCAUGGAAAGUGCCAAUGUUGAUUAUCAAAAAGAAAUUGCACAUCUUGCCGGAACGAAUGAACGUCUGAUACAAGAAUUCAAUAAAGACUUUUCAAAAGAAAGAGAAAGCCAUAAAAAACAAAUAAAACAAUUCCAAUUGAAGGCCAAAUUACGAAGAGAAGAAAGUGAUAGGUUACGAGAAAAGUUACAAACUGAAAUAGAUCAAUUGAAAUCUUCCCAAAAACUGAAUGAUACAAUUGAAAAGGAUCAACAUGUUCAACAACAAAAUAUUGAACAAGAUCGAAUUUUACAAAAUGUUCUCGAAACCGAACAUCAAAGGAAAAUGAUUCGUUAUGAUUUACAUAUUAGAUCACUUUUGUCCAAUGUCAAAAGUUAUAAGAAAAAUCUGGAAGUUGUAGAAAAUCGUUACGAUGCUUUGAAAACGAAGUCGAAGGAUAUGGUUGAAGUUGAGCAGUUGAGAGCGAUGGAAUCUGCUUUGCAAGAUAUGCGGAUGCAGUUUGAAAAUAGUCAGAUGGAAAUUAAUAACUUGAAGCAUCAACUUAAAACUAUGAAUGAACAGUUUUAUGCUACUGAUGCAAGUAAAAGUUCUAAUGCAAUGGAUAUGACUAAUCUUAUGGACGAUUAUAAGAAGCUAAUCCAACAGUCACAAAUAAUAACAACAAAACAACCCUCAACUUCGGAGAUUUAUAAAUUAAUUAAUAAAAGCAACAGCUUUGUGCCAAAACUUACAAAUAUUUCUAAUUCUGUAAAUAAGCUGCGAGAAGAUAUACAACAAGUAUGUACCGUGAUAAAUGUAUCAUCUUCUGGGAGAGCAGGUAGCCCGCAGUUAAAAUUGUCACUUAUGGAUGAGCUCAAAUUAGCUGACAAUAAAAACUUUACUUAAAAAAACCAUCUUAACAAUAAUAGUAUACAUUGUAAAUAAUUUUUAUUUGUGAUUAUUUAUUUAUGUUUAACUUUUGUUGACUUGUAAACAAAGAUUAAAAAAAAAAAAAACAAAAUUCAAACACAUAUGAUUAUGUAUAAAAAUAGUGCAUACAUAAAAUGUAAAAGAUUCUGUGUAGAUAAUGUAUCAUUAGAUCAUUCUAGAAAUAUUUUUUUUUUCUUCUUUUGGUAAUAA